GCCGCGGCCACCACGCAACACCAACCGAUCUCGCUUGCGUUGCCGCGCCGAUUCGAAUUCAAAUCGCAAUCGACCACCACCAUGCCGAAUUGACCGCUUCGUCGGCGAAUAUUCCUUUCGAAAUCGAAGAUUUUACCGGGCAACGCGAUGGGCGAGCCGGGCCCGCAGGGCGACCAGAACGUCGAGUACCACUUGAUCCAGAUUUUCGAGAAAUUGGAAUCGAUGCGAUCGGAGGCGGCGAGGCCUUCGGACGGUUUCAAAAUGCCGCUGCAAGUGGAAAUCCGCACCAUCGAGUUUUGGCGGUCGGUGAUUUCGGAGUGCUUGUCUUCGUUUAUAUAUGUUUUCGUUGUUUGCGGGGCCGCCGCCGGCGCUCCGGGGGCGCCUUUCUCCUCGGUACCGCUGCCCACGGCCUUGGCUUCGGGAUUCGCGAUGACGUCGCUCACACAGUGCUUCGGACACAUUUCUGGCGCUCAUGUAAAUCCCGCCGUGUCCUUGGCGAUGGGGCUGAUCAAGAGGAUAUCCAUCCUGCGAGCUGUCAUGUUCGUCCUGGCCCAAUGCGGGGGAGGCAUAGCGGGGGCGGCGUUUUUGUACGGAGUAACAGUCCCGAACUACCAAGGCAACAUGUCCGCCGUGCUAGGCCACUCGUUCAACAUUUCCCCUUGGGAAAAAUUCGGAAUCGAAUUCAUGCUGACCUUCAUAGUAGUCUUCUCCUAUUUCAUCUCGAUGGACACCUACAGAAAAUGGACAGGCACCAGCUCGCUCACCAUCGGAGCCACCUACUCCGCCUGCUCAUUCGUUUCCAUGCCCUACUUAAACCCGGCCAGAUCGCUCGGACCAGCCUUCGUACUCAACAAAUGGGAGAACCACUGGGUGUACUGGCUGGGCCCGAUGUCCGGCGGCGCCGCCGCCGCCCUCGUCUACGAGUACGUCUUCAACCCGAGGCGCCAACGGCGAGUAAAAGAAUCCCAAGACGACGAGUCGUCGAGCAUGAGAUCCGACGACAUCGAAACCUUCGAGGACAUCGACAAACCGGCGCCCGUCAAGUUCCACGGCUCCAACUACAACACCUACCGAUCCACCGCGGGCGCCUCCAACUACUGCGCCAGCCUCUACUCGGCGCCGCCGACGAAACUCGAACGCGGCGAGUCGAUCUACGGCGGCACCAAAUCGUUGUAUUGCAACUCGCCGCCGCUGACGCGCGCCAACCUCAACAGAUCCCAAUCGGUGUACGCCAAGAGCAACGCGGGCAUCCACAAGGACUCGCUGCCGCGUCCCGGGCCGCUGGUGCCCGCGCAAUCGAUGUACCCGCUCAGGGCGAACCAGCACAGCCACGUCAACAACCAGAACGUCCAGAACCAGCUGCAGCAGCGGACCGAGGGCGCGUACGGCGCACGCGCGGCGCCGGCGCCGCGAUGCGACGGCUACGCGGCGGCGGAGAGGCGCGAGAACUACCGCCCGGCGGACGCCGGCGAGGCCAAAGGCAGGGCGAACCGGCCGGAGUCCGUGUACGGGCUGCUGGGCGGCCAGCGCAGGGGCCAGUCGGACGACAGCAGUUACGGGUCGUACGCGGGGAAUGCGAGUAGCAGGAGCGGCUACGCGCCGGCUACGGCGGGUUUCCACGCGGCGCCGAAGAAGGCGGCGGCCGGCGCGGCCGCCGGGCAUUCGGGCAGGAGUUGCGGCCACGCGGAGGGCAGGUCGAACGCGCCGGCGCCGCCGCCGCCGCCUCAGCCGUUGGUCGGGGCGGGGAGUUACCAUCACCAGCAUUCGCCGAAUCCGGGGUAUUAGGGCGCUGGUGGUGGCGAGGGGUUCUUGUUGACGAGACUGUAGACUCGUAGACUGUAGACUCGUUUUAGCUGCGGUCUGUUCGUUUGAUUUAUGCCGGUUUUGGAUUGAACGUUCAAUGUUUGUGGUCCCUACAAUUGUACCUGCUAUGCGGGUAAACGCCAACUGCUAGAAAUUACUUUGUUAUUUAAUCUACUGACAAAAUGUUGUUCUUAUCUAGGAAAAGCAUUGUGGUUCUCAUAAGAACCUUUGUAGGCCUUUGUAGACUUUACAGUGCAUUUCUUUAAUGUCCCUCCCCUUUUAUUUUUUGAACGGAUCAACUUAGAAAAUUAAAAUUUAGGAUUAUGAAACUAAUGCAUGAUUACUAUAUUUUGGAGUAAAAUUGACAGAUGAAAAUUUCCAGAUGGCGACUGGGCGCCAUCUUGGGAAAUAAAUUUAAAUGGAAAGGGGGGUCUUGUGAUACAUCAUUUUGAAGCUCCUGACAAAUACUCUACAACCCUGAUAUAUAAAGUCAAUAUCCGUACUAAUAAUAUUAUUAAAUGUUCCGCCAUUUUGAAAUGGGUGCAGAUAUUGACUUUAAAUUCCAGGGUUAUAUAGUAUUU